UCAGUUUGAACACUGCGAUUGUGCAUAAUCAUCUCGGAUAAAUGAGAAGAAUUGUCUGAGAUUUGCAUAAAACGCAUCACGCAUGAGCCAUACACAAAGCCGCGAGCACCGCAUCAAAUUUAUCGAUGUCUCAGUCAAAGCGCCCAGUGGCUGCAUAAGUAACCGGAAAAUCUCGCAAAAGCAGAAAACAUAUAAAUUGCGUAUAACCGUCAGAAAGAUGGGGGGACUGUCUUACAUCUACCUGGAUAUGUUCCUCCGAAUCUGGCUGUGGCAUGUUUGGAAUGACGGGCGGAGACAAUGCGGGAGGGGGCGUGAAGAGGGAGUGAGGAGAGAGGAAUAAGUGGGAUCUUUAAACGAUGACACCCGCAGCUGUCGGUUUAGUACGA